AUGGACCUGAUCGAAUCUAUUCAUGACAUCCCUGUGCAAAAUCCAUCAGUGGAAGAUUUCUCUGCUUCGGACUUAAAUUGGAUAAAAUUUGGGACUCCUGAACACCAUGAUGACGUGGCACUAAUUCCAUAUGCUAGAGCUGAAGAAUUCAUCAUUGGCGAGUGUUCUAAUGUAGAAUGCCCAACCCGUUUUCACAUUGAGAGAGGAAGGAAACGUUCAUUAGGCAGCCUGAUGGAAUUCAAGAGCGAUGAAUAUCUUGAGUAUAGACUGUACUGGUGCUCAUUUGGUCCUGAGAACUACGGGGAAGGCGGAAUCAUAUUGCCAAGCAGAAGAUACAGACUCAACACCCGAAACCGGGCAGCCCGACCUCAAUCAAUGCGAGGCUGCACAUGUCAUUUUGUUAUAAAAAGAUUAUACGCGCGUCCAUCUCUCGCCCUCAUAAUCUACAACAACCGCCGCCACGUCAGCAAAAUCCGGAUUCAUCUGCCACGGGCCCCUCGACCGGGACGCCAUUGGUCCCGGUGCGAAGAAAAUCCCGUACGUGGGACAUGA